AUGGCGGACAUCACUGUGAUCCUCAUCACGGGCGUGAGCCAAGGUAUUGGUUUGAGGAUGGCCGAAAUAUGUCUGGAACGUCCCAACCACGUGGUCAUUGGGAGUAUUCGCGAUGACAGCACGCCUGCUGUGAAAGAACUCCAGCAGAAGACACCAGCGGAGGGCUCCCGGCUUCUCCUCGUGCACAUUGAAAGUACGGCACCAGGGGAUCCCAAGACUGCUGCUGCUGCCGUCGCAGCUUCCGGCAUUGACCAUGUCGACAUCAUCAUUGCCAACGCUGGUGCUUCACCAAUGCCCGUCUUGCCGAUCGAAACUGUACCGAACGAAGAUCUUGUGUGGGCCUUCCAAACUAACGCGGCUGGACCACUGGGCCUGUUCCAGGCUUUCAGACACCUCCUGCAGAAGUCCAAGUCGCCCAAGUGGGCCUCCAUCACCAGCACCGGGGGCUCCAUAAGCCUCGUGGGACCGAUGAAGUCCUACAUCGUCACCGCGUAUGGCAUGUCAAAGGCGGCACAGAACUACAUGACUCAGGCCUUGGCACAUAGCCAGCAGGAGUGGCUUACUGUGUUGGACAUACAUCCUGGCCAUUCGAGAACAGGGCCUGGAAACUGGGUUGCGCGUCAGAUUGGCAUGGAACAGGCGCCAUUGACCAUCGACGAGAGUGCCAAUGCCGUCCUCGAAACCGUCUUGAAGACCACGCGAGAGGCCGCCCUCGGAAAGAUUAUCUACGCGAUCGAUGGCUCUGUAAUGCCUUGGUAA